AUGAAUGAUGAAGCGGCGCUGAAAUCAAAUUUUGAGAAGGGAAAGAAACCCACUUUGGAUCAGAGCAUCCCGAGUCUGAAAGAGAAGGCGGCAUCGCCAGAGCAAAGUACGCGCAGAGUGCAAGUGGAGCCGCAAUCCCAGGUGCAAGCGCGUAACGCCACGACUGGCAAAGACGCAGCUUUGAAUUCCCAAGAUUUGGCUGAUUUGGACUUGUCAAAAUUAAGUCCCCAAGAUGAAGAUGAGGUUGAUUUGGACUUGUCAAAAUUAAGUCCUACUGAUGAACUCGCGCUGGAAACAAAAUUGGACAAAGGAAAGCGAUCAAUGCUGGAUCUUAGCUCUGCGACACCUGCAACUCCUGAGACAUCGCAACAAAAAAGAACGGAUCGCAUGCUGCAAGACAAGCAAGCAGCCGGACAAUUUGAUCAAGUCCAGCAACGUCUGCCGCACGUCAGGCUCCAGGAUAGCCAGGAGAAAAGUUCUGCCCUGGCCGCAGAACCUGAUGAGAGGCACUUGCAAGGAGUGCCCACGGGCACUGUCCACGCUCAAAUGCCCGCUCCGCCGAUUCCCCCGCCAAUCAUAGAAAUUGGGAACAAAAUUUACUCUGUUCGCAACUUUUAUGUAGCAACACCCAUCCCGUCCAAUUUCUUUCCUCCAAGAUCACCAUCAGCUGUUCAAGCAAGCGCCGAAUGUUGGGACGACUUGUUCAAGACCAUCCCCGAUGAAUACCGCACGCAGUUGGAGGAAAUUCUGCGGCCCUUCCGUGGGGAAAUGGAGAAGAAAUACGGAAACCACGUUCCUCCACCCCCCGAGAUUGGAUUAUACGUUGGUAUGAUUCGAGGUCUGACCAUACAAUUCAAGAUCAUGGCUAUAGCACCGCAGUUGAGCUCGCCGUUGAUGGGUGGAGGCGGGAUGUUUUCGCCCAUGUUCCAGCCUGGUGGUUACGGUUUCCCUUCUAACCCAUAUGUGUCGUAUAUGGGUACUAGUCCGGUUAACCCCACGAUGCCAAUGGGGGGCGUUGGCGGUAACGUGUAUCCGCAGGGACCAAAAUGA